AAGCGAGACAGUGCUCUAUAGAGAGCAGGUAGAGCGGCAUCUCUUUCACACAGCCGCAAUUACAUUACUUCAAAAGGUAAACAGGGAUCAAAACACAAGAGCGCUCGGGGUUUGGAUGUAAGUGCCGUCCACGGGACCAAAUGGGAAUCGGCGAUCGCAAGGCCAGCCACGAUACCCAGCCUGUUACCAAUUAGAUAGGCACCUAAGUUAGGUUGUCUCGAUACCGACCACUUCGUAAAUACACCUUAUUAUCAGUAACGGUGUUACGACCGGCCUCGGAGCCUCCAGAGAGCGACGGGUGAAAGUCUCCGCGCUGAGUCUCAGACGCACACCACACCUCAAGUGACAAACACGCUACCACAACUGCGUCUAAUAUUUAAUUCGAUUUGCAAUUUGGAUAUUGAUAUUUCCAUAUAACAAAUAAACAAAAGAGCGAUCGGUCGAUGCGCGAGCGCCACGCGACGCGUCUUAUUAUCACGUUCGGCGGAGCUCUGUUGUGGCUGAUCGGUUGAUAGUGUGGUGCGGAGGCGCGACACAGCCGCCGGCGCACGCACCGCGCCACCGUGCGAGCCGCGAGCCGCGAGCCCGGACAUCAGUCGCGACCAUGUUGACACCGCGCGCCGUCGUAGCCCUGGCGCUGGCGCUCGCCGCCGCAGCCGCCGCCGACACCAGCCUCGCCGGCGCACCAGCGCUGGCCUCUCAGGACCUGCCGCCCCUCGACCUGCUGAACAACACCCUUCCCGCCGAGCAAUAUUUCAUUGACAAAAUAUUCGACAAAUAUGGAGAUAAAGGCAUCAUCACAUUUGAGGGCUUCGAACAUCUUCUAGACAGUUUGGGGCUUGGUGGCCGAGUCUUCACGUCUCCCCACGACCUCGCCAUCCACAGGAUCAAUGGCACCUUCAGACAACUUCACGAUACACAGCAUAGACAUCGCAGAUCACCAACAACCGCUGAGCCAAUCUUGAAAAAGUCAUGUCUGUCACCGCGAGAAAUUUUGGAAGUGUACGGAAUGGAGAACGAACCUGGAGUCAUCACUAUAAGACCAAAAACAUUCCUGGAGAUGUGCCCUGCCUUGGUGUACCAGCUGGAUCAAAGGUCCUGCUACAAAACGGAGGCGCCUACACCUAAGUUAGACAAAUUUUGGACUUGGAUUUAUGCAACCCUGAGUAUACUGGUGAUAAGCGCAACAGGGCUGCUCGGAGUUGCUAUUGUUCCGUUGCUGAAGUCGGUGAUAUUCAGCUACGUAUUGCACUUCCUGGUGGCCGUCGCAGUCGGUACCUUAUGCGGUGACGCACUCCUGCAUCUUCUGCCACAUGCUCUUAAGUCACACGGCCCACCUUCAGCUCCUCAAGAAGAAACGGAAGUCGUUCUAAAAUGUAGCGUCACUUUCCUCACAAUUUUGCUAUUCUACAGUGUCGAAGCAAUUAUGCAAACCAUAAAUGGUGGACAUGCACACUCUCAUGAUUCAGGCAAAUCCGGAACAGAUAUGAAAUCAGAUCCUGGCAAACAAAUAGAGCCCAUUGAGCUCGGUGCAAUGAUGCCUGGCUCACCUCCGCCGCCGGUUGACAGGCCAAUGACGUCAACAGCGCUGAUGGUGAUUGUAGGAGAUGGACUACAUAAUUUAACAGAUGGGCUAGCAAUUGGCGCGGCCUUUAGCGGAGAUCCGGUAACUGGUUUCGCAACAGCGCUGGCCGUGUUUUGUCACGAGCUCCCACAUGAGCUCGGUGAUUUCGCCGUGUUACUUCGCUCCGGCAUGAGUAUCAGACGCGCGCUGUAUUACAACCUUCUCUCAUCAGUACUCAGUUUUAUGGGUAUGGCUGGUGGAAUAUGGCUUGCGGAAGACCACGAAUCUGCUUCCCAGUGGAUUUACGCCGCAACAGCUGGAACAUUCUUUUACAUCGCACUUGCCGAUUUAGUUCCCGAAAUAAAUGAAAAUAAUCACGGGAAAAGUAUUAAUUUACUUCUCGCGAUAUUAGGAAUAUUAUCAGGUGGAGUGAUCAUGUUAAUGAUUGCUCUCCACGAAGACUCAAUACAAUAUCUUUUUAGAAAUGCAGAACAAUAAAUAUAGUCAAAUUAAAAACAAUGCUCGGUUAUAAAUACUUAUAAAUUAUGAAACUAGUGCUUGUGAGGCUAAAAAGUGUGGGUAUAAUGUGAUUACAGUGUCGAAAAUCAAUAAACUUUAUAAAGUGUAGGGACCAAAGCGAAGAACCCGAUUAUCCUUAGGUACACCUAAGUAUAUUUUUAAAGGCACCAAGUUUGUAUGGCCCUCAUAUCGGCCUUCAUAUUCAUUACCUAUGUGAAAACAAAUUGUUACUUUGUUCAGUACAUGUAAUGUGAUAAUAAUCGUACUCAUGGUUGUUAAAAUUUUAUUAUAGGUAGGUAUGGGCUAUGUAAUAUUUGUGUUUAAGUAUGUCAUAGUUUUCUUCUAAACGUAUCCUUUAAAUUAAGCAAGUAUUAUUUUUAGUUGGUUUAAUAAGAAACGUGCAAUGUUGCAUAAGCUACUGUUGCAUGAUGGUGUAAAUAAGCGUAAUCAAUUGUGAAGAAUCGUCGAGAUAAAUGCUGAGUUACUUUAAGAGUUCCUUGCCUUAGUUAUGUAUUUUUUGCAGUCAUUCCCUUUAUAUGUAUUUUUGUAAGAUGCAACACAUAGUUUUAAUAAGUUAUAUUUUAUUUAUAUUAAUGAAUAAAUAUAAAAUUUAACAAUUAUACCUCUUACAGACCGAUCCUCCUAAAUAAUUUGGUAAGAAAAGGAUUUGAAGUCAUCAAGGGAAAUAGCCUAAUAUUAAAAAAGUGUCACUAGGCUGUAUCGACUCAAAUUCAAAUCUCAAAUAAAAUAAAACAAACAAGAGACAAUAAAUUAUGCAUGUUUCUUAAUAUGAAUUCCUAUAAUUAUACUGA